AUGGAGUCCGUGGCCAAGAGCAUGCCGAACUGGACACCAUCGAUCGAGCUGGGCAACAUUGCAGCACCCCCACCAGUGGCAUCAAUCCGUCCGAUACGCUCUCUACAGACCAAGAAGAAUACACGUUUUCCCAGGCUGCACAGUGGCGGUUCUAGUGUCGAUAAUGCGUCCGGAAAUCACCCUACCGAGAUCACUGCUCCAAAGCCAACCAGGGCCGGCAAGAGAUACAGCGUGCAGGUGCAGAGCAUGGAGCAUCUGGCCGCAGAGCAAUCACCAAACCCAUUCGGGGAUGUCCCGACUUCUCAGACAUCAUCGAACACCGCCCGCUACGACUUCCAAGCGGCGCUGGUGAUGGAGCAAAGCUCCGCCGGAGUGGGGAGGGCUGGGGAGAGAUCGGCCUCCAUCAACGACGCACCAAGGGUGAAGAGCCAGAUUGUGAGACCAGAGCACGCUGCAGCGGCACGUGAAGGGAGCCCGUUUCCGCCCACGCCGAGUGUCCCCGCGGCGUGCUAUGGGUCGGGACAGACGCCGCGGGGAUGGUUGUAA